AGCAGCUAAAAGAUGAUAAAACAUGCUAUUUUUUUUUUUUUUUUGCGUGGCUAUUCCUUUAACACCGGGAAUGUGUUGCCGCAUGGACUGAUGGUAAAUUUCUCUCAGAAGUACAAAUGACCAGAAAUAUUCAAAGGAAAACGUCUAAAUUAUUAAUUUGUCAUUGAGGCAAAGGGGUUUUAUUGAAAUAGCCCAAUGCAAAAUAUAUCUUCGUGGUUGGUACAAAUUGCAUUUAUCUUCUCAAUUAAUCAGCCACAAAGUUAAUUGUCGACUCUCUCCGCCUCUUCAUUCGUGCACCUUCCACGCGCGUGCGUCGUGGUACGCUGGCGCGAGAGAGGCGGCGCGGUGCAGUCGCGUGAAACGCUGAUGACAGACAGCGGCAACCGACGCGCCGAUAUCAACGCUGAGAUGACCUACCGAACACCUCGGCGUCUCUUGCGGUUCACGUCCGUUUAUUCUGAGCUUGAAUAACAGCGGACGAGCGAGUUUAAAGCGGUUCGGACGCAUUGUUUGACUGUGCGGAUCAAACACUGCAUCUAUCCAUUUAGUCGCGGGAGCGUGAGAUGACAAAGUGAAAGAGCCUGGACAUGUCUCAGAAGAAGAUAUUCCUAGUGUUGAUUGCAGUCAGUACUGUCAGCUUGCUUCUGCACCAUGGGGGUCACUUAAAUUUGACGUUGGAGGCAUUUGGGUUGGGCUGUCCAUCCUCCACAGUCACAUCCACCCAGGGCAGCAGUGGACCUUCUGCUAAACACACCAGUGUAGCCUUCUUGAAGACUCAUAAAACCGCCAGCUCCACUGUGCAGAACAUCCUCUUUCGCUUUGCAGAACGCAACAACCUCACUGUGGCACUACCCAUUACCACCUGUGACCACCAGUUCUGCUACCCUCGGCCGUUCAGUGCCCACUUUGUUCACCAGCACACCACGCCACCUGACAUAAUUACUAAUCAUUUACGGUUCAGCCGGGCUGAGCUACGACGCCUCAUGCCCAACAACACUAUGUACAUCACUAUAUUGCGGGAACCGGGAGCAAUGUUUGAGUCUCUUUUUACCUACUUUAAUCAGUACUGUCUUAGCUUUAAACGUGUCCCAAAUGGCUCUUUAGAGACUUUUCUGGACCACCCUUGGAGCUAUUAUCGUCCAGAAGAGAAGGAUUCAAUGUAUGCGAGAAAUACAUUGACCUUUGACCUAGGUGGUGAUAAGGACCGACCAUCUUCGGAAGCGGCAGGGUAUGCAAAACGAUUCGCUUUAGAGGUGGAGCGAGUGUUCUCGUUGGUUAUGAUCGCUGAAUACUUUGAUGAAUCAUUGGUGCUGCUACGCCGUUUGUUGUCUUGGGAUCUCGAUGAUGUUCUGUAUGUCAGUCUCAACAUGCGCACACCUGACUCCAAGAGCAGCCUUUCCAGUGAAAAUACUGCCAAAAUCAGAGCCUGGAACGCAAUUGAUUCCGUACUGUAUGAUUACUUCAAUGCUUCGCUGUGGCGGCAGCUGAACACAUUGGGACUAGCGUGUGUCGAGCGAGAAGUCCAGCUGUUGAGACAGUCUCGUGACCGACUUGUCCGUAGCUGCUUUGGGGGACAUUUGCCGCCUCUUCGCUCUGCUGCACAGAUCACAAAUAAGGAAUUGCGGCCUUGGCAGCCAAGUGCCAAAGUGGCAAUCGUUGGGUAUGAUAUACCAGUUAACCUAACACAAAAAGGCCACAUCCCUCUACGAGACGAGUGUCUAAAGAUGAUAAUGCCAGAAGUGCAGUACACACGGCUGUUGCUACGAUCAGAGUCCCUACGUUACCGGAAGCGGUAUCCGUUACGUAGCUCCCAGCAGACUUCACGAUCCGUGGGACAAGUUCGGGCACACAAAGAGUCCCCAGCUCCGAGUUUGAUCCCACGACCAUCAGAUACUAUGGCUCGGAGCACCAGAGGAGCGCUGCGGCUUUCCCAAUGACCGGUGUGAAAGGAUAGUCAAACUUUUUAUUCCCCACUCCUUGAUCUGGACUGCAGCUAAAUGUCUAUGAGCUGUUGGAAUUACUUGAAAGCAUGAGGUCAUACCUCAGUUUUACUGUUUGUGAGCACAACCAAACAUAUGCUCACAACUCUUGUUCUACAAGUUAGAAACACCGGUGUGUUACUCAAAUUGAAAUGUAAAAAGGUGAAGGAAAAUAUAUAUUGAAGUCUAAAAGCCUGACAUCUGGAAUGUCUCAAUCUCUCAAGGACAAUCUCUCCAUAUUUACUGUAUACCAUCACUCACUGUUUGUAUUUAAGCCAUCAUUACCCUACUGGAAAAUCCAGCUAAAUCAGCUUCAGAUGGUUUUAUAUGGUCAGACAGCUGGUCUAGAUGGUUGAUCAGCUGUAUUACCAGCUGCUGAUGUUUAGGUUGACCUGGUAGAUCAUCUUAGUCAAAGUUGGUUAGGGCUGGUAGACCACCUUGAUAAACACCCAGCAACAAACCAGGAACAAACCAGCUUGGCAUGACCUUGAAUUUCCAGCAGGGUCUCAGAAUAUAUCUUUGGUGUAUUGGAUUUAAGACAUUUUUUUUUUUCUGGUAAGGCACUCCAUUUAAGUGUGAACAUUUACUCUUGCUUAUCAACAUACUGACAGCUGCUCCUGAGCCACAAAUCGCCAUAACUGACUCUUUAGUUGUGGUCAAAAAAAAAAAGCAUCAUGUGUCGAUGAUGAUGCAACCUUCUCAAAGGAUAUUUAAAUAUUUAAUAUUUAGCCUCUCCUUGGGCAAUGCUUGGGUUACACAUUCCUACAUUUUUAUGAGGCCACUACAGACCAAGCCAGAGAGGACUUCUUGACUAGAAGUUGGGAAUGGUGAUAGGACAAUUCAUCUACAUGGACACAAUCGAGGUCAGUGAUCGAACAAAUGCUAUAUGCCAGAGUGAGCAGUGUGUUAGUUUCAUCUUUGUAUGUUUUUCGGGAUAGAUACUGCAGUGCUCUUGCAAAUGUGUAACUUAUGUAAUCAAAUUAGAGUAGGAAAUAGAGCUCCAAAUUGUCAGUUUAAGACUGACUCUACACAAUACUCUACACAAGCAAGUAAACUCAAACACUUCACAUACUUGCGUAGAGUACGUUUCUGGCCUAAGUUUUUCCUUUUUUGGAUCUUCACUUAAAGGCACUGUGAUGUAGAGGUAUUUAAUGGUGACCGACUAAAUGGUGGCCAUUAGGGUUGUAACGAUAUACCGGUAUUACGAUAUACGUACGAACACGUACGAUUAUCAUAUCGUGUACAUUUGCUUAUUUACGGUAUUGUAAAAAAAUAAAUAAAUAAGACACAGAAUUUCACUUGCGCAUAGACAACAACUUUCUACUUCACUACACUCUAAACUUGCUCCACACAUCCAGCAGACAAUGUCAGAGACAGAAGUUGCUAUCUCUAAUCUCUAUGCCCCGUUGAAAAAUAAGUUACAAUUUGCAUUAUGGGAAUACUUUAGAUAUAGAAAAACAAACGCGGGGCUGUCCUCGAGUGUAGAUAUCCAAAAACAAUGUGGGCGCAAAGUAGGCCUACCUGCAAAAGGAGGAAACACAUUGAACAUGUUCACCUAUAUUCGAGAACACCAUCCGUGUAGAUGCAGGUAUGUUCCGUUUGUAACUUAGGUCGUAUGAUGUGCGUGAUGGAGAGGGAAUCCCGGAAUCCAGUCAUAAAAAUGGAAUGCACAGUAUAACGCAGCGAUGUCAGGUAAAAACGUGCGAUUUAUUGGACUGAUGAAUAAAACGAAAGCAGAUCUGUACAAUAAAUAAAAUCGUGACAUGGUCUAGGCGGGGUCUGUGCAUAUUAAAGCGCAAAAAGACGGCUGUAUAAAUAUAUCUGUUUGUUUUGCGUGUCAGUCUCUGUGAAUGAGCUGCGCCGUUUCCUGUACUACAUACUUAAGUAUGUGCGACGCUCUUAUUGUUUUUUCAGUGUUUGCAGUCUCGUUAUCAGAGGACAUGAACACAAACAUAUCCACGGUUGCUCUGAGAUAGCGCUUAAUGAGCAUUUCAUCAUUUUAUUUGAGAAAAACCAUUGUCAAAUACACUGAAACUCAGAGCUCUUCACUACAUCCCGUCAAAAUAAAAGACCGCUUUUUAACUCGAAGAAAUUGACAAAUUUAUUAUGAUUGUUAAAUAGAAUGUACUUCUCAAAAUAAUAAUAAAAAAGUUAAUUUUAUUUUCAUCGUUUUGAUAAUAUUUGUAUUAUAAAAUAAAAGCCAGAAGAAUUAAUCAAGGCAGAAUUUCUGAAUUUUAAUUAUUAAUAAAAGUUGUUCAUCUUCUAAUCCAUAAUCAUUUAUUAAAUGUGUUUGAUUGUUUUUGAUUAUUGAAAUCUGAAUAGAGAAAACAAACAUUUUAAUUAAUUUAUUGGUCAUUUUAAUUGAUGAUAUAAAUAAUAAUUUAUUGUUUAAUACAGUAUACCGUGAAACCGUGAUAUUUACUCAGACGGUUAUCAUACCGUUACAACCCUAGUGGCCACCUUCAUAAAGAGUUGUGCCAGUGGAAUGUAAAAACAUAGUUUGCUGACUGUCUUUGUACUUAAAACACUGCAUCACUUUCAUUUAGUCCAGUGUUUCUCAACUGGUUUGCUUUUGCAACAUAGGUGUGACUUAAAUUUGCACCAAAUUACUAUAGAGUCUGUCCUGAUGCAUCAAAUUAGACUGGUUUAGGCCCGUGUUUCCCAAUCCUGUUCCUAGUAAAUGGAUGGGUCAGAUAAGGGAGACAUCCAAAAUGUGUACUGUUGGGGUGUCUCCAGGAACAGGGUUGGGAAAUAAUGGUUUAGGCAAUCAAAUAGAAACUGAAUACCUCUGAAAGAACAGCUUCUUACAGAACGUCUUUUCUAAUAUUGGUUUCUUUGCCAUUCAAAGCCUUUGCUGCAAGGUUUGUUCAGUGGAAAUAUGUUAUUGGACAGGAUGAAGCUAAAUUUACUGCUCUCUCUCAAACUUUCCUGCAGUACGAAUUCCCUUGUUUCCUGAAGUGAGGUUUGCAUUUCGAAAACCUCAUUGUUAAGUCAUAAUUUUCAUCUUUCAUUUGGUAAAAUCUUGCUAUCUUAUUUUAUGUACUGUAUUUUAGAAAAUAGUAUUUGGAGCAAUAUAGCAAUGGCAUGUAUGCCAUGUAAUGUUAAGAAGUGUAUUAGUCAAAUGAAGGUAUGUAGAUCAAAACAUCAUGAGCAUCUUGAAACAAUUAUCAACCCAUAAACCAGCUCCUGUUUUUAGGAGUUCUAGUUGAUAAAGAAAUACUGUUGGUGUUUGUUGAACAUAAUGUCUGGAUCUAACAAUCCCAAAAGCCAACGUUCUCAUUUCUUUGUUUCAAAAUUAGAAAUACCUCAGACGAUAAAUUAAUACUGCUGUUAGUGAAAGCGUCUCAGUCCUUAAAGACUGUCAAGACUUUAGGCAUGUAGAAAGUGCUCUUUGUAUAUAAUGUACUUUGUUGUACACGAACAACACAAUUGUGUUUAAACUCAAACACGCAACUCAUUCGUCAUUCUUGUUUGCGUUAGUAAACCUCUCGGUAGAUAACACUGGAGACAAUUCAAUGGUCUUUUGUCAUCUCUGAUGUAUUCUAAGAGAAAUUAGAAGUAAAGCAUGGAGUGAUUUGCCACAAUUUACUGUAUACAAAGAACUUGCAGUGCAAUUGUAACUGAAAGACCUUUUCAUGAAGACUGUGAAGAGAGACAUUUUUGUGUUUUUUUUUUUUUUUUUUUUUUUUUUUGCUGGGUGGUAAGAUGACAAUAGAUGCUAUUCUGUCAAAAUCAUUCUUUCAUACUCUAUUUAUUUAACUGCUACAUUUUCAAUGUCUUUUUUUAGGGGCUUUAAAUAAAAUGCUUCUGACAAUCAGAGGUUUGCUUCUGAAACUGUGUAAUGAAAGAUUAGGAAAACAUUGACCAUUAAAGAUGGAAAAACAGCAUCCUUCAGGCUCAUGUGCUUCAUUCCAAUCAUCUAGUUUUCUAUCUUUUUGUCUCAACUUUUCUCUUUACUAACAAAGGACUAACCAUUGAGUAGGACGGGAAAGGGUGGUGCCAUGAAAUAUCAGUUGGCCUACACUUACACACUUUCCAAUUCAAGUGUAAAAUACAGCCAUGAAUCCCAACCAUGUUUUUGUGCUCUUUUGAGUGAUGAUUGAUUACAUAUUCAUAAAUGAGCUUACAUGUUAACCCUCUGGCAGGGGCACAGGAACAUGUUUUAGGUUAGGAUUCUGUGUCCAUAAAACACACCAAAACUCCACGAAAUACAAGUGCAUCAGUGAGAACACUCAUUUAAACAGCAUAUACACAGGGACAUUUGACUGCAUAUCAAAUUUUUGAUACUGCUUGAAAUCGUAAUGCAAUGGUAGGUCUACAGGACAUAAAGUAAGCCCAAGGGUUAAUAAAAGGGUUACUGGGCUAUUUACACUGUCAUACGAUAAAAGAGCCAGGAAAUAAAAAUAAACGCAAAAAACCCGCCUACCUUCCAACGAAGGACUUGCGCUCAGGAGUAGAGUGGACGAAUUUUGUCUUUGCACACUGUAACCGUAUGUUUUAAAAACAUAAUCCAUCAUAUAACUUAUUUUUAAUAGCCCACUUAAGGGUUUAUUACAAAUAAAUUACUAAAAGCUAAAAACGAGUAAAUGUAU